AUGGAAGAAGUGAGAAAUCAAAAGGUGAUCUUUAAGGAUUACGUUAAUGGCUUCCCCAAGGAAUCAGUCUUGAUCCUUACAACUUCUGCCACCGUCCCUCUCCAGCUCCCGCCACAAGGUUCCAAUGGCAUCCUCCUCAAGAACCUUUAUCUCUUCUGCGAUCCUUAUAUGUGUGGUCGAAUGACCAAAAUUGAAGGCUGUUACGUUUCUUCCUUUACUCCUGGAUCGGUGUUCCCUGAGGAUCUUCUUCUUCAACUUUUGAAACUAAUGCUGCAUCCAGAUGUUGGAAUACGUUUGAUUGGAAACCAACUCUUUUCUGUUCUUUUCAUUCCAACUUCUAACCAUUUGAGGCGUGAUACCGAUGCUUCUACUUCUAAUCAAACAAGAAGAUGGAGUUCUGAUACUGCAUCAAUGUUUGCCUCUGUUAAAUCUUUACUUGAUAAGCUUCAUGGAGAAAAAAAUGGAAAAGAAAUUGUUUAUAUUCAAGAUGGAGUUCUGAUACUGCAUCUGUGUUUGCCACUGAUAAUUAUUGUUUUUCACAUUGCAGAUGAACGAUGGUGUCCAUAA